UGUCUGAGCAGGCGGGGAGGGAGCGGCGCAGAGGACCCGACAGCAGCGCACUGAACCCGCGACUCUCCGCUAAUAAACCCGGUAAGGCAGGUCCAUGUCAUUCUGACGAGCAGCUGAGAUGUCCAAUGACAGCCAGGGAUCGGUGAAGGGGGAGGCGGCCAUGAUGCUGUCUCCUUCCACCCCCGCCUCCUCUCAGGGGCCCCCCCUCUCUCCGUCCGCCACCGCCAAACCACCUGAGCUCCCAGAUGAGCUGGUCCAGGCGGGCUGGUCCAAGUGCUGGUCUCGGCGGGAGAACCGACCGUAUUAUUUCAACAGAUUCACCAAUCAGAGCCUGUGGGAGGUUCCAGUCCUGGGUCAGCAUGAUGUCAUCUCUGAUCCUUUAGGUCUGAACGCCGCCCCAGCAGAGGGUGGAGACAGUAACCUUGGUAACGGUCAGAGGAAGAGGAGGAGCUCUGAGGAGCAGGGGGCGGGGCCUAACAGCGUAAAACGCCCCAAGGUGGAGCCGACCACGCCCAUCUCCCCCAGCACGCCAGGGGUCAAACCCUGGAGCGCCGCCCCCGAUGAGAAGCAGCCCCCAGCAGCUACGCCCACCACGCCCAGCCCCGCCCCCGCGCCCGCGCCCUACAGACCUGCUGUGGUUUACUGGGACCUGGAUGUCCAGACCAAUGCUGUGGUCAGAGAGCACCCCCCCGCCAACCACCUGCCCCCCCACCCUGAGAUCGAGCUGCAGAGAGCUCAGCUGGUCACCAAACUGAGACAGCACUACCACGAACUGUGCCAUCAGAGAGAAGGUAUCGACCCGCCCAGGGAAUCGUUUAACCGCUGGCUGCUAGAGAGGAAAGUCAUCGACAAAGGUCACGACCCCUUGCUGCCGAGCGAGUGUGAGCCCGUCAUCUCCCCGUCCAUGUUCAGAGAGGUGAUGAACGACAUCCCCAUCAGGUUGUCCCGCAUUAAGUACAAAGAGGAGGCUCGGAAGCUGCUGUUCAAAUAUGCUGAAGCUGCCAAGAAGAUGAUCGACUCCAGGAAUGCGAGUCCAGAGAGCAGGAAGGUGGUGAAGUGGAACGCUGAGGACACGAUGAACUGGCUCCGCCGAGAUCACUCCGCCAGCAAGGAGGACUACAUGGACCGGCUGGAGCACCUGAGGCAGCAGUGUGGUCCUCAUGUCACCGCCGUGGCCAAAGACUCUGUGGAAGGAAUCUGCUCCAAGAUCUACCAGCUGUCAGCUGAUUACAGCCGGCGGCUCAGACAGACUCACCUGAACCUGCUGCAGGACCCGCCCACAGAGGCGUGUGCGUCCCCGCAGCAGUCCCGGCUGGUGUACUGUUACCCGGUGCGCUUGGCGCUGCCGUCUCCUCCUCUCCCCCGGGUGGAGCUGCACUUCGAGAACGACGUCGCCUGUCUGCGCUUCAAAGGAGAGAUGGUCAAGGUCAACAGAGGUCACUUCAGCAAGCUGGAGCUGCUCUACAGGUACAGCUGUAUAGACGACCCUCGCUUCGAGCGGUUCCUGUCCAGAGUCUGGUGCCUCCUGAAGAGAUACCAGGUGAUGUUUGGCAGCGGCGCUAACGAGGGGUCGGGCCUGCAGGGGGCGCUGCCCAUGGCCGUGUUCGAGGCGCUGAACCGACAGUUUGGAGUCUCCUUCGAGUGUUUCGCUUCGCCGCUCAACUGCUACUUCAAACAGUUCUGCUCCGCCUUCCCCGACAGCGACGGCUUCUUCGGGUCCAGAGGUCCCUUCCUGUCUUUCUGUCCAGUCAGUGGCUCCUUUGAAGCGAAUCCUCCGUUCUGUGAAGAGCUGAUGGACGCCAUGGUAACGCACUUCGAGGACCUGUUGGACCGCUCCUCGGAGCCGCUCUCCUUCAUCGUGUUCGUACCUGAGUGGCGUGACCCGGUGACUCCGGCUCUGAGCCGCAUGGAGAGCAGCCGCUUCCUGCGCCACCAGAUGAGCGUUCCCGCCUACGAGCACGAGUACCGGUCCGGCAGCCAGCACCUCUGCAAGAGGGAGGAGAUGUACUACCGGGCGGUCCACGGUACCGCGGUGAUCUUCCUGCAGAACGAAGCUGGUUUUGGGAAGUGGGCUCCGACGUCGGAGCGCCUGGCGGAGCUGAUGGCGGCGUACCGGCCGUCCACCGCACGCCCCGCCUCCCUGUCCUCACCUGGCCCCGCCCACAGCACACCUGGAGACAGAGACUCCGCCCCCAAGGCCGCUGACAGGACACAGCCCGGCAUGACGUCGCCGGGUAGCCAUGACAACAACAACAACAACGACAGCAGCGGCAGCAGCAGCACCCCCCCACAGGACAAGAUGGCUGCCGUGUAGGGGGAGGGGCUUAGCACCCCACAGGACAAGAUGGCUGCCGUGUAGGGGGAGGGGCUUAGCACCCCACAGGACAAGAUGGCUGCCGUGUAGGGGGAGGGGCUUAGCACCCCACAGGACAAGAUGGCUGCCGUGUAGGGGGUGGGGCUUAGCACCACACAGGACAAGAUGGCUGCCGUGUAGGGGGCGGGGCUUAGCACCACACAGGACAGAUGGCUGCCGUGUAGGGGGAGGGGCUUAGCACCCCACAGGACAGAUGGCUGCCGUGUAGGGGGCGGGGCUUAGCACCACACAGGACAGAUGGCUGCCGUGUAGGGGGAGGGGCUUAGCACCACACAGGACAGAUGGCUGCCGUGUAGGGGGCGGGGCUUAGCACCACACAGGACAGAUGGCUGCCGUGUAGGGGGCGGGGCUUAGCAAUUGGUCACCUUGUUUAAACUUUGCAUUUUUCCAGCUUUUUUAAAUUGUUCAUGGUGUUCAGAUUGUCCCUCACCAGCACCUGUAGCAGCCCGCCAGCAGGGGGCGGAGCUUCCUGCUUCUUCUCCCCUCAUAGGACACUCCGCUCAGACCGGCUCUUCUGAUUGGUCGAAGCUCUGACAUCGAGCUACCGCUGAGUCAUGUUGUUGCUUAGCAACAGGCAGCACAGCCAAUGAGAUGGCUCCAGCAAUAAUAAAAACUGUGAUGUCAUCUGUGAUGUCACUGGACUUCUGAUUGGUCCCCACACCGACAGAGCUGAUUGGUGAUUGGUCGGCAAAGGCAGCUAUAGUUUCUAUUGGACAGAUCCAGGUACAGGCUCCGCCUCCUCAGGAGAGCCCCACCAAUCAGUGCGCAUCCUGCCUGCAGGGGAUUGUGGGAAAUGGAGGCGGCGGGGUCAGACACGGGACAGAGCUGUGACAUCAUCAGGUGUCUGGGCAGGUAGAGUUACGCAGUGUGACGUCAUCUGGUUCUGAUAACUACGACUCCCAGCAUGCACCUCACCAAGAAACGUCCAAUCACACGGCAGUUAAAUUAAUUUACCAAUCAAACGACCCGGAGCUCGUCUCCAUAGCAACAGCAGCUGAGGCUCAUGGGUAAUGUAGUUACAGAACCGUCCAAACUGAACCAACCUGAGAACAGAUGAUAUGUUCUAUAUGUUCUAUAUGUUCUAUAUUUAUUAAAGAACAUCACCAGCUCCUGGCUGCAGAACCAGAGGCUCCUCCCACUCUGUAACUCUAUUGGCUCGUCCUGUGUCUGCGUGCUCUGUGAUUGGCCGGUGAGCGGCCUAUCAGAGGCCUGUUGCCGGGCGGUGUAGAUACGUGUACAGUAAACUGAUCUGAAGUCUGUUUGAUGUUCUUUCUGCUGACGUUCUCACGUUCUGACGUUCUGAUGUUCUGAUAAAACAACGUUUUAACUGUCUGAUUUUUUAUUUGAUUUAAUUUAACAAUUUUUUAAAUGUUUCCUGUUUUCAGUCGAUCAGCUGAUCAGUUAAACUAAACCAAAGUGUUCAAAUCUAAAUCUGUAUGUAGAACCAGCAGAGUUCUCCUCUGUUCUCCUGUUCUCCUCCUCUGUUCUCCUGUUCUCCUCCUCUGUUCUCCUGUUCUCCUG